AUGGCUACUAUUCAAGAUCUUCCGCUGGAGAUCUUGCAGCAGAUCUGCGACUUCGUUGCUUCUGGCUAUAGGGCUUCCCUAUAUGAUUUUGCCUUGGUAUGCCAGCGAUGGUCUCUGGCAUCAAAUGCAGUACGGUUUCGAGAAGUCCGCAUAGUUGUUGAAAACCAGGGGAAACUGACUAAAGAUUUGGAUUAUUGGAGUGGUGUACUGCGGAGUACGUCAAGUUUGCGAUCUGUCCGUCGACUUGAGAUUAAAGGAGAGCUCCCGGCUGAUGUAAAUACCUGGGCCCCAAAACGAAUAAGGCAGCCAAAGCAUUCCCUGAUUGAUAGCGACGACGAGCUUGAAAGUGCGAGGUAUACCCUGUAUACAAACCUUCUCGAACUCCCAGAAGUCACUGUAGAGCUGGAUAAGUACUGGACUCCAGUGGCUCAUUUCGUGGCUCAACUCCGAGCCCUUCAAGACCUUGUCUUUGACUGCGUGAACCAGUUCCCACCGUGCUUGCUGGACGUGCUACACCAAAUCCUACCCAGUUGUAAGCUUCACCUCCAUAACUUUGGACUCAGGAACCUUUAUUCCUACAAGGGGUGGUCGCGAGGCUUGGAUAAGCACGAGUACUCACUGGCUACUUCUCCUUCGUUGCACUGCAUUAUCCUACAUUACGAAGGGAAUGAAUCCGAAAGGCUAGUUGAUUAUAAUGACGUGGCUGUUGCUAGAAUGAGCCAAGGACUGGCUCCAAACCUCAGACAUGUACAAGUUAAUGCCAGGUCAAUGUCACCGAUCACAUACAACAGGCGUGUUGAACGGCGGCCAAAACGAGACAUAUUCCCUAAUGAUACCCCAAACUCUGAUGCAGACGUGCGUGGCGAACUCCACACCAUGAAGUUUAGUGGAUUUUUAUUCGGUGGACUUCAGGGAUGGAAUGAACGAAUUGUCUUCUCGUCAUUACGGAAGCUUAUUCUGGACACCGUCAUGGACCCGUUCAGCUUGAAAAAGGCGAGCACGUAUAAUUUUACCUCACUUAGGACCCUCUAUCUACGCCUAGAGAGCGACAAUUGGGACGAACAUUCCUUGAUGGACGAAGCGGCAAGUGGCUUUCUAAGAAGCCUGCCUCCCCUGAGCACGCUUAAACUUACAGGGAAUUUUGGUCAUGACUCGCUCAAGGCCAUAAUAGACCGCCACAACUCGUUGGGACGAAUCUGGCUCUCGCCUCGGGUACAUUCUCACUUCAUGGGGACAGAUUUUACCUUAACAUUAGAUACAAUUCGGGACCUUACAUCACGCUGUUCAGAAUUGAGAACGGUCUGCCUUACAAUCCCACGAGUCCUGAAGUCACAAGACAUGGCCAUAUACCAGUCUAUAGGCUGUCUUCCUCAUUUGAAAGAUUUGUGUCUAUACCUUGACUGUAUCUGCCAUGAAGACUCUACACCCUCUCCCACCAUCGAAGACGGUUUACCGAAUUUUGCAAAGAUAAAAAACUUAGUUACGAAUAAAGCUCUAAAUGACGAUAUUGCUCGCAAUAUCUUCCAUGAAAUUUACCAGGCUCAGUCCAGGCACAGGAUGCCAGUUUUUAAACGGCUUAGAAUACAGGUGGUGAGGAUGAAGUUUACAAGAGACAUUCCCGAGGACCUAGAUAGGAUAAUCAAUGUCAGCGGUCAGGGCUUUGAACUUACUCUAAACCCGACUCAAAGGCAGGAUUGCUAUGAUAUCAUUAUUCAACGGUCCAGCCCCCGCAAUUUCUAG